UUGGUUGCCAAUGACAACAACAGCCACUGUUGAAAGCUGUUUGUUGUGAGACACGAGGUAAAGGGAGUUAUUUCUGCAUCCGCACGACGAACAGGAGUGUGCAACUUCCAAAGAUGGCAAACCUAGAAGGUAUCGACCUUAUGCAGCUGGACAGAAUAAUCGGUUUCAACGGGGCUGUAACAAAUGGACUCAAAGUUCACCCAGAUCGUCAAAAUCUCAUUUACCCUCUUGGUUGCAACAUCAUCAUUGAGGAGAUAGCCAAGGAAGGUUAUGGCAGCCAGACUAUUCUGUCCAAGCACACAGACUAUGUGUCUUGUCUUGCUAUUUCCCCCUCGGGACGGUACCUGGCCUCCGGACAAGUCACACACAUGGGCUUCAAGGCUGUCAUCAUCAUCUGGGACUAUGUCACAAAGCAGCCAGUUCACGAGAUGACUCUACACAAGGUCAAGGUUGAGGCACUUGCCUUUUCCAAGAAUGAAACAUACCUAAUCUCACUUGGCGGGCAAGAUGAUGGAUCGGUUGUGGUGUGGGAUGUUGAGAGAGGGGAGGCCAUCUGUGGAUCCCCAGCUCAGGUGGAGAGUGCUGGAAACACUUACUGUGUCUGUGCCUCUGAAGUGUCAGAUGACAUCUUCGUCACUGGAGGAGAGAACACACUGAGAGUAUGGCAGCUUGAUGUGCAAAACAGAAAAAUACGACCAACUGACGUCAACCUAGGAGUACUCAAAAGGACUGUCAAAUGUAUACAGAUGAUAAACAAGGAUAACCUGAACUUCUUCUUCUGUGGCACGACAACUGGGGACAUCCUCGCCAUCAACAUGAACACAGUCCGUCUGCAGUUCCUUGUGCCAGAAAAAAACAAGUUCAGUCAGGGAGUUACAGCCCUUUCUUUUGUCAAAGUUGAUGAGUGUGCCGAAAACUAUGAUUUCCUGGUUGGAGCCGGAGAUGGUACACUGGCUCAGUGCAAGAUCAAGGUCACCAUGAAUGGGAACAAGAUCAAGGCAACUCUCAAACACAAUGUUGAGCCCUGGAAAGAUAAUCUGGUGAAGAACAAAUGCAGUUCCUUGACUUCCAUAGCCCUAAGAGGAUCUGGACACCAGUUCUUUGUUGGAAGUGGCAGUUCAAACAUCUACAAGUUUAACUAUCCUGAGUUCAGUUGUGUCCUCAAGAAAACCUGUCACUCCAAGCCUGUCAAUGACGUCAUCUUCCCCCACGGAACUUCUGAGCUGAUUGUGACUUGCCAGGAUGAGGAGAUCCGAAUCUGGCACCGUGAGACUGGGAAGGAAAUAAGACGCCAUGUUGUCUCCAACAUGAUGUGCAAUGCUAUUGACAUCACAAGGGAUGGCAAGUCUAUCGUCAGUGCCUGGGCAGAUGGGAAGAUACGAGUGUAUGGCUUUGGCCCUAAAGACAUCACAGAGAGGUUCAGUAUCACUGAUGCUCACAACAAAGGUGUGACUGCUAUUGCCUGUACAUCUGACGGAAGACAUAUUGUGAGCGGCGGGGGUGAAGGCCAAGUGAGGAUCUGGAGAGUGGAGGAGAGCUAUGAGUCGCGAGGAAAGACAUCCUACCGAGGUGUCCUCGAGGCGACAAUGAAGGAACACAAAGGUCUGGUGUCCGCCAUCAAGAUCCGAAACAAUGACAGGGAAUGUGCCUCAGCCAGUACAGAUGGAACCUGCAUCAUCUGGUGCCUCGUAAAUCAAGCCAGGAAACAGAUUGUGUUUGCCAACACGUUGUUCCAGUGUGUGUCCUAUGGCCUGGGUGGUCAUCACAUCGUGACAAGUGGAACUGACCGCAAGAUUGCCUACUGGGAGACCCUUGAUGGCUCCGGCACAAGGGAGCUGGAUGGAGCCAAGACAGGAGCCAUCAACACAAUGGACAUGUCCCCUGAUGGCAAAUACUUUGUGUCUGGAGGAGAAGAGAAAAUCAUCAAGUUGUGGAGGUAUGAUGAAGGGGAGGUAACUCACAUCGGAAUUGGUCACAGCGCACCUAUCACCAAGGUUCGCAUCUGUCCAAACCAGCGCAACAUCGUCAGUGUUGGCACAGAUGGUGCUGUUCUAAUUUGGAAAUUCCCUGCUGAGGAUGGCUACAGUGGACAAAUGCAACAACUGGAGUGCUCAUCAUAAAAUGGACAAUUUUUCUCAGAAAUACUUUUGCCAUUUUUUUCAGCGCAGGUAUCAAAUCAUCUCCGUCCACCAAUUGUGAUAACACUGUACCAAACAGAAUCGAGUUUUUAAAGAUUUUUAGGUUUAGCGAAGUCAGAAAAAUGCAAAACAGAACACGUAACCAGUAGUUUUCAUGGUUCAUUUACAAACCAUUUUAUGAUCCAGGACGUUUCCAGUAAGCCAAAGCUACUUUUUGGCUGCAAAAGAUGAACAUCCCAAGUACCAGAUAUAUACAAGUAUAACAGUUUACUUGCCUGUCUGCUUUAUGUGCGAUUCAAGGAGUAACAAACAGAAUGUUAAGAAACAAAUGUCUUUGGAUUUGAUUGAAUGUGCUCAAUCUUACUUUGUUUAUAGUUAUGAAUAAUAUAGUCCAUUAAGAAAUCUUUGAACAUUUCAUUUAUUUUAAUUCCUUAAAAAUUAGACAAAAAAUAGGAAUAUGUCUUUAUUAUGUUUAGGAAGUGUCAUCACCAAAUGUUUCUUAUUUUAUUAUUUAAAACAUGAAAACAUAUUUAUUUCUACAAUUUGUUAAAUGUUGAUUUUAGUGCAACUAUUUGUGAUGUGUCUGAUUGAACUACCACCAGUAUUUUCCGUUUCUGUGUAUAUAUGUAACACUAUUGACUCCUCCUAGAUGUAGAUUAAAUAACAACAUAUAUUGUAUAUAUAAAGUGACAACUCUCUGUGUAAACACGCUAGAACUUCAGUACAUAUCAUGUCUGCCAUUUUGGUUUUGCUAUCAGCAAACAUUGUACAGUCCAAUACUCCCUGAUUGAAAUAAAUACACAUUUCACCUACA